GCACCAUGGAGCACGUGACAGAAGGUUCCUGGGAGUCGCUGCCGGUGCCGCUGCACCCGCGGGUGCUUGGUGCGCUGCGGGAGCUGGGCUUCCCGUGCAUGACGCCGGUGCAGUCUGCGACCAUCCCACUAUUCAUGAAGAACAAAGACGUCGCCGCAGAAGCAGUUACAGGUAGUGGCAAAACCCUUGCCUUUGUCAUUCCCAUCGUGGAAAUUCUUCUGAGAAGAGAAGAAAAGUUAAAAAAAAGUCAGGUUGGAGCCAUAAUCAUCACACCCACACGGGAGCUGGCUGUUCAGAUAGAUGAGGUCCUGGCACACUUCACAAAGCCCUUCCCUCAGUUUAGCCAGAUCCUGUGGAUUGGAGGCAGGAACCCUGGAGAAGAUGUCGAGAGGUUCAAGGCCCAGGGGGGAAACAUUGUUGUGGCAACUCCAGGCCGCUUGGAGGACAUGUUCCGGAGGAAGGCUGAUGGGCUGGAUUUGGCCAGUUGUGUGAAAGCCCUGGAUGUCCUCGUGCUGGAUGAAGCCGACCGACUUUUGGACAUGGGAUUUGAGGCAAGUAUCAACACCAUUCUGGAGUUUUUGCCGAAGCAGAGAAGAACAGGCCUCUUCUCGGCUACUCAGACGCAGGAAGUGGAGAACCUGGUGCGAGCAGGCCUCCGGAACCCCGUCCGCAUCUCAGUGAAGGAGAAGGGUGUAGCGGCCAGCAGCACCCAGAAAACUCCCUCCCGUCUCCAGAACUACUACAUGGUUUGUAAGGCAGAUGAGAAAUUUAAUCAGCUGGUACAUUUUCUAAGGAAUCGUAAGCAGGAAAAACACCUGGUCUUUUUCAGCACCUGCGCUUGUGUGGAGUACUACGGGAAGGCUCUGGAGGCCCUGGUGAAAAGCGUGGCUAUCAUGUGCAUUCAUGGGAAGAUGAAGUACAAGCGCAACAAGAUCUUCAUGGAGUUCCGCAAACUGCAAAGUGGAAUCUUAGUGUGCACCGAUGUGAUGGCCCGCGGGAUCGAUAUUCCCGAAGUAAACUGGGUUCUGCAGUACGACCCUCCCAGCAAUGCAAGCGCCUUCGUGCACCGCUGCGGCCGCACUGCCCGCAUUGGCCAUGGUGGCAGUGCGCUGGUGUUCCUGCUCCCCAUGGAGGAGUCCUACAUCAACUUCCUUGCAAUUAACCAAAAGUGCCCCCUGCAGGAGAUGAGACUUCAAAAGAACACAGUGGAUCUCCUCCCAAAGCUGAAGGCCCUGGGCCUGGCUGACAGAGCUAUGUUUGAAAAGGGAAUGAAAGCGUUUGUGUCGUUCAUCCAAGCUUACGCAAAGCAUGAGUGUAACCUUAUCUUCAGGCUAAAAGAUCUUGAUUUUGCUAGUCUUGCUCGAGGUUUUGCCCUGCUGAAGAUGCCCAAGAUGCCAGAGCUCAGAGGGAAGCACUUUCCUGAGUUUGUGCCUGUGGACAUUAACACAGAUACGAUCCCAUUUAAAGAUAAAAUCAGAGAAAAGCAGAGGCAGAAGCUAUUGGAGCGAAAACAACAAGAGAGAACCGAAAAUGAAGGGAGAAGAAAGUUCAUAAAAAAUAAAGCUUGGUCCAAGCAGAAAGCCAAAAAAGAAAAGAAGAAAAAAAUGAAUGAAAAAAGGAAAAGGCAAGAGGGUUCCGAUGUUGAAGAUGAGGACAUGGAGGAGCUGCUUCAUGAUACUAGACUCUUGAAAAAGUUCAAAAAGGGCAAAAUCACUGAAGAAGAAUUUGAGAAGGGCUUGUUGACUGGUGGCAAAAGGACAAGCAAGCUAGAUUUGGGGGCCUUGGAUUUGGAAGGUGACUCCUGAUCCCAUAGC